AUGUCAGCGCUGAGUGGGAAGGUCCAGACCGUCCUGGGUCUGCUGGAUCCAGACCAACUGGGCCGCACCAUGACCCAUGAGCACCUGACCAUGAGCUUCGAGUGCUGCUACUUCUCCCCUCCACCAGGGGAUGAGGCGGUGGCAGAGAACCCGUUCCAGAUGCAGCACAUGCACUGGCUGAGACAGAACCCCUACAGCUGCCACGAGAACCUGCUGCUGCAGCAGGAGACCAGUGCCGUGCGGGAAGAGCUGCUGGCCUACAGGAAGGCUGGCGGGGGCACCAUAGUGGAGAACACCACAACCGGCAUCGACCGGGAUCUGCCCACCCUGCGACAGCUGGCCAAGGACACCGGGGUGCACAUCAUCGCAGGAGCUGGCUACUAUGUGGACUGCACCCACACUGAGGCCACCAAGAAGAUGAGUGUGGAGAAGCUCACAGACAUCAUCGUCAGCGAGGUGCUCCACGGCGCUGAUGGCACAGACAUCCGAUGUGGCGUGAUCGGUGAAAUCGGCACCGGCUGGCCCAUCACAGAGAGCGAGGCCAAGGUGCUGAGGGCCACAGCUCACGCUCAGGCUCAGCUGGGCUGUCCAGUUAUCAUCCAUCCUGGCAGGAACGCUGCUGCUCCAGCUGAAGUCGUCCGGAUUCUCCAGGAGGCCGGCGGUGACAUCAGCAAAACUGUCAUGUCUCACCUGGACAGGACUUUAUUCGAAGACGGGGAGCUGCUUGAGUUUGCUAAGCUGGGAAGUUACCUGGAGUAUGAUCUGUUUGGAACGGAGAUGCUCAACUACCCGUAUAAUCUGGACAUAGACAUGCCCAGCGACUGCCAGAGAGUGAAGGCCUUGGCGUUGCUGGUGAAGGAGGGCUAUGAGGACAAGGUAGUGAUUGCACACGACAUCCACACCAAGAACCGUCUGACCAAGUACGGCGGCCACGGCUACUCUCACAUCCUGAAGAACAUCGUGCCGAAGAUGCUGAUGAGGGGCAUCUCACAGCACCAGGUGGAUAAGAUCCUUAUCGACAACCCUAAACGCUGGUUGACCUUCAAAUAAAUCCAAAAACAGAAAAUGUUACACAAGGAAUGUAACUAAUACUUGAUCUUCAGAUGAUGGCUCAGUACCCAACAAUGAAAACUUGAAGGUCUUUGCAAUAACCACAAUUUAAAUUCAUUUAUUAAUGUGCUUUUGAACUUUUAUACCAACAAGUUCACAGAGUUAGUCUGUAAUUACUCUUUAAUUUCAAUCUUCUUAAAUUUUUCAGCAAAGCAGAUGUUUCAUGACUUCAUCUUUUUAAAGAAAAAUGAUUACAGGCUGUAGUUUCUUCCAGCUGAAAGCAUUUUUAUAGAGAUUCUUAUUAAUUAAAACUUAAUUUUAUAUUUGUAAUUAUACAUUAUUCACUUUGUAAGCAAAUGAUAUAAAGGAGCCUUGCAGGAUCA